AUGUCUGAUCGUUCCAAAGUUUACUUCGAUAUCACUGCUGGUGGAGUUCCACAAGGAAAAGUUGUAUUUGAAUUGUACAAUGACAUAGUUCCAAAAACUGCUGAAAAUUUCAGAGCUUUAUGUACUGGAGAAAAAGGUGAAGGUAAAGCUGGUAAACCUUUACAUUAUAAGGGUUCAAUCUUCCACAGAGUUAUUAAAGAUUUUAUGUGUCAAGGUGGUGACUUCACUCAUGGCUCAGGAAUAGGUGGAGAAUCAAUUUACGGAGAAAAAUUCGAAGAUGAAAACUUUAAAGAAGUUCAUGAUCAGCCAUUCUUAUUGUCCAUGGCUAAUGCUGGUCCUAACACCAACGGAUCUCAAUUUUUCAUUACCACUGUUCCAACUCCUCAUUUAGACGGUAAACAUGUGGUGUUUGGUAAGGUUAUUCAAGGUAAAGGUAUCGUCAGAAAACUUGAAAAGUGUGAAAAAGGUGACCAAGACAAACCUAAAGAAGAUUGGAUCAUUGCUGACUGUGGUGAAUUACCAUCUGACUAUGUUCCAGUUACUUCAAAUGAUGGUACUGGUGACAUUUAUGAAGAAACUAUGGGUGAUUCCGACAAUAUCGAUGUCAAAAAUCCAAAGUCAGUAUUCGAAGCUAUUGAAAAAUUGAAAUCCAUUGGUACUGAACAAUUGAAAGCUGGAAAUUUGGAAAAAUCUUUAGAAAAAUACAGCAAAGCUGCUGAUUUCUGUGAAGAAUAUUUCCCUGAUGAUCUCUCAGAAGAAGACCUCAAAACUUUACAUACCUUGAAACAAUCUAUUUUCUUGAAUGCUUCAUUGGUAGCUUUAAAAUUAAAACAAGGUAAGCUUGUUGUUUCAUUUGCUGAUAAAGCUUUAGAGGAAAUAGAAUCAGGUGAUGAUAAAUCUCAAGCCAAAGCAUUAUAUAGGAAAGGUAUGGGAUUAUUAUUAUUAAAAGACGAAGAAACAGCUCAAUCAUGUUUGGAAAAUGCUUUAACUAAAUCUCCUGGAGAUGCUGGAAUCUUACAGGGAUUAAGUCAAGCUAAAACUCAAAUCAAGGCCCGUCGUGACAAACAAAAAAAGGCUAUGUCUAAAUUCUUCUCAUAG